UUAGUGGUCAGCAAUCUUGCGAAAAUCAUAUUUUCUUCGAGUACUGCAAGAAAUCUUUUAAGCCACAAACCCUAGAACGGCAUAUACCAGGUUUCUCAGGGUUUUGCUCCAUACCUCUCCAAACAAACCAUACUACCACAUUUCACUUCGAACCCUUACGGAAGGGCCCGUGUUCGAAUCCGAAGAGAGCACGUUUAUUCUACAACAAUGCCGCCCAAAACAGUAAAGAAGGCUCCCGCUGGAGCAGGGGUGAAGAAAACGGUGACGAAAAAUGCCACCAAAUCUACGAAAGCCUCGACCAAGGCCGCCAACUCUCCAUCCGUAAAAACAGAAGCUGAAGCCAUUGAGAAGGGACAGACUUCGGCUACGCUUGAUGCCACUAAGGUCGAGGAAAAACCCUCCGAGGCAACAGUUCAGCCCCCCAGCAGUGUGGAAGUGACUGCAAUGGAUGUAGAAAAAUCUGUUGAUGACGUCAAGGCCGAAAAGAAGGAGACUGAAGCUGUCAAAGAAAGCACAGAAUCAACUGCUGGUGGCAGUGGGGCCUCAAAAGAAGAUGACUUAAAGGAAGAAAGUGUUAAGGGUAAGGAAUUGGAUGUAGAGGACACAGAUGUUGCACUGCAAGAAGUACAGGAAAAUGUGGGUAGUGCUGAAGAGAAUCAGAUUGCUGGUGGUGAGAAGGCUGAAAAUGAUGAAGUAACAGCCGAGGAGGAUCAGGGAGGUGAUGCUGAGGGAAGAGGGGAAUAUAAAGAAGAAGUGCUGCUUGAUGAAGGAGAGGAAGAGCACCCGCAGCAUGAUGAAAUGCCAGCACCUAUUAAGGAGCGGAGGAAACAGAAAGAAUUUGAAGUUUUUGUUGGUGGGCUUGACAAGGAUGCUAAUGAAGAGGACUUGAAGAAGGUAUUUGGUGAAGUGGGUGAAAUUAUUGAGAUUAGAUUGGCCAAGAAUCCUCAUACACAGAAAAACAAGGGCUUUGCUUUCAUUCGUUUUGCAACUGUUGAGCAGGCCAAAAAAGCUGUGGCGGAGCUUAAGAAUCCACAGGUAAAGGGGAAGAGAUGUGGAGUGACACGAAGCCAGGAUAACGAAACCCUUUAUGUACGCAACAUCAGCAGGUCUUGGACAAAGGAUGAUCUGAGAAACAAAUUGAAGGAGUAUGGAAUAGAAGACGUUGAGGAGUUAACUUUGAUGGAUGAUCCAGAGCAUGAAGGCAUGAAUAGAGGCUUUGCAUUUUUGGAAUUUAACACUCAUCUUGAUGCAACAAAUGCAUUCAAACGCUUGCAGAAACGAGAUGUUUUCUUUGGUGUUGAUGUUUCUGCAAAGGUUGCAUUUGCCAAGUCUGGCAUUGAGCCAGAUGAAGAAAUUAUGGCCCAGGUUAAGUCUGUGUUUGUUGAUGGCUUGCCAGCCGCUUGGGAUGAGGAGCACGUUAAGGAGAAAUUUAAGAAGUAUGGUGAAAUUGAGAAUGUACAAUUGGCACGUAAUAUGCCUUCUGCCAGACGCAAAGAUUUUGGAUUUAUUAAUUAUACAACUCGUGAAGCAGCUCUGGCAUGUAUUGAAGGUGUCAACAAGAAUGAGCUAGCUGAAGGAGAUAAAAAGGUCAAUAUCAAAGCUACACUGCGGAAACCUCAGCAAAAGGGACGAUCCAUCAAGGAUCCUGCUCGGGUAGGAUACCAAACAGGUUAUGGUAGUGCUCGUGGUUAUAGUGGCAGUCGGGGGAGUCGGGUGCCAUGGGGUCGUAGUGCUGGUGUUCAUAGUGGAAGUCGAUUUGAUGUUCGUGGAGCAAGGGAUUUUCUAGGUGGAAGGGAUCAUUUCCGUGGUUCUCGUGAUUAUUCAGAUAGAGGCAGGCAUUUGCCAUCUUCUGGGAGGAUGUAUGAUAGGCGACCGACUGCUGCAAAUUAUUAUGGUGAAGAAGACGAACUUUACAUACAGAGACAAGGUCGAACUUCAAGCAGAUCUGCUGCAGCAAUUCCUAGACGACCUGCAUACAGAGAUUAUGGAUAUGAAGCAGAUUACUAUUCUGAAGCUGUUCCCCAAAGUCAUUCAAGGAUUCCCUCACGCAGAAGUGCAUAUGAUGAAGAUGGCUAUGGUUACCAUAUGGAUGAAGUUUCAGCCUAUCAUGAUGCACCUGUUCGUAAUUAUGAUGCAGUAUCAGUGCCAAAGCGCCCAUAUUCAGAUCUGGACCCGGAGCUUUCAUAUGCAGGACCACCUACAAGACGCCAAAGGACUCACCUGGAUCAUGACUUAGGAGCUGGUCCAGUUGGAGGUAGCAGAGCUGGUGGAAUGGAGGGUGUAUCGUAUCCACCUAUUUAUUCAAGCAGAAAUGUUGGUGGUUAUGGACAGAGAGGUGCUCCAGGAUCAUAUUAUUGAAAGAAUGAGAUCUAUCAGGCUGACUGGAUUGAAUGGAUUCAGCUUAUGGGAUGCUUUUGGCUUGGCUGGUUCUCUGAGAAAGUGAAAGUUUUAUGAUAAUACAUGUUGUGCAGUAAAAUGGUUGCAGCUUCUUGUCACUUUUUGUAGGACUUGUAGGAUGAUCGCUAGGGAAAUAGAUAAAACUAGUAAAGUGACGGGUUAUGAGAAUUUAAAGAGAAUAAUUUUGGCCCUUGGUAACAGAUCAACAUUUGAUGAUAAAUUCCAAGGCAGACAAUAGUUGGUUUCUUAUUAUGGGAGGAGGUUAGCAAAUUUGACCUACAGGUUGCAACAUGUAGUAAAUGCUGUAACAAUUUCUAGUAUUUUUUCAAUUUUUGGUAUAAUGACUUGGCAGAUUUUGAGUUUAUCUUCA